AUGUUUUCCAAGAUUACAUCUCUUCUCGCCCUUGUGGCAACGGCCAACGCGCAUGGCUACCUCUCUUCUCCGAUGAGCCGAACUGGCUUGAAUGCACAAUCUGGUGCGGAUACUUGCCCGGAGUGUACUAUCCUCGAACCCGUUACAGCAUGGCCAGACCUUGACGCCGCAAAGGUGGGUCGCUCGGGCCCUUGCGGAUACAACGCUCGCGUAUCUGUGGAUUACAACCAGCCCGGCCCUCGCUGGGGCUCACAACCGGUUAUCACCUACAAAGGCGGUGAUGUGGUAGAUGUACAAUGGUGCCUCGAUGCCAAUGGUGAUCAUGGCGGCAUGUUCAGCUACCGCAUAUGCCAGAACCAAGCCAUUGUCGAUAAGCUCCUAACCCCUGGGUACCUUCCGACUGAGGCAGAGAAGCAGGCAGCGGAAGACUGCUUCCAGGCCGGCGAGCUGAAGUGUACCGAUGUUGCUGGCCAGACGUGCGGUUACAACUCCGAUUGUCAACAGGGCCAAGCUUGCUGGAGGAAUGACUGGUUCACAUGUGGCGGCUUCAAUGACGGUUCGAAGUGCAGGAGCGUCGAUAACGCACCUCUCAACUCGUGCUAUACCAGCAUCGCUGGUGGUUACACAGUCAGCUCAAAGAUCAAGAUUCCCAACUACACGAGCAACCACACGUUGUUGUCUUUCAAGUGGAACUCAUUCCAGACUCCACAGGUCUACUUGACCUGCGCGGACAUCAAGAUCACUGGCAGCGGCUCAGGCGGCUCCACACCACCCACUUCAAGCAAAGCCCCAACGACCACAACGAAACCGACUUCCACAGCGGUACCCAGCGGCUGUGCGACACCCGUUGCUACUGUAGCUGUGACAUUCGACUCCAAGACCACGACAGUCGUGGGCCAGACAGUCAAGAUUGUUGGAUCGAUCGCCCAGCUUGGUAGCUGGAACACAGCCUCUGCACCCGCGCUCUCCGCGAGCCAGUACACCAGCGCGAAUCCGCUCUGGUCCACGAAGAUCAACUUACCGGCUGGCACCAGCUUCGAGUACAAGUUCAUCAAGGUUGAGAGCAGUGGUACCGUGACGUACGAGUCGGGUGCUAACCGUGUUUAUACCGUGCCGAAGGGAUGUUCGAGCACAGCCACCGUUGCUAGCACGUGGAAGUAG